AUGUCCUUCACACUUCAUCACCCACAAAUCGCAGCCGGAGAUCACAAAGGCUAUAUGGAAUACGCCCUGGAACAGGCCCGCCUGUCUCCCCCAGCACCAACCAAGUUCUGCGUAGGCGCAGUCCUCGUAGACGCCGAGAAGAACGAGAUCCUAUCGACCGGAUAUUCAAUGGAGUUGACCGGUGACAGACCAAGCGAUCCAGGAAACACGCAUGCAGAGCAAUGCUGCUUGAUCAAAGCUGCUGAGCAGCACCAUGUGCCGGAAGAUCAACUUGCAUUAGUAUUGCCGAAAGAAACUGUUCUAUACACGACUAUGGAACCGUGCAGUAGGAGAUUGAGCGGUAACAGGACUUGUGUUGACAGGAUCUUGAAGCUCAAAGAUGUGGUUCGAGCGGUUUAUGUGGGGAUUCGGGAGCCAGAGACGUUCAUUGCGGAGAAUACGGGGAGAAAGAUGCUAGAGGGUGCGGGGGUUAAGGUCGAGGUGGUGGAGGGAAUGCAACAACGCAUCCUGGAAGUCGCUACUGCUGGGCAUUGA